UUAUUUUAUAGGCUCUUGCGUUUCUUCUGGUAAGGCGAUGUGUAUAUGCACCUAUAAAACUACUGACGUAGCAAGUUUCUCGUACUCGUGUACUCCUUCACCGUUCUCACGUACAACCGGAGAAAGAUGAGGAAACAGGCCGCGAAAGAAGCAAAUGAGCGAGCAGAGCAGAAGGCUGAAAUGGGUGAGGUUGGGUCCGAGUCAAACGAAAUACCAUUCGGUGCCACAGCACUGGAGAAAGGAAUUGAAGUCGAGGGUAUUUGGACCAUGAAGCGACAGUCCAUUGCUAAGCCACCAACAGUUGCGGAAAAGAGAUCAUCAAUACUGGGUUCGCUGCUCAGACAUAAGUCGACGACUAGCAGUUCCCAGACGCCUCACACGCUGGACAUCAGCUCUACCACUGGGGGUGAUUCGUACCGCAAUUCGGGAACCGCAGAUAGCCAUGCUGAGAGUGUACUUGAAGGUAUUCACAUCGACACGUUUCGUUCGACCCAGCCUCCAAAGCUCGACAUUGGUGGAAUGGGCGCCGGUGAGCGCGAGGGACCAAAGUUACCUGAGAACGAGAGGCCUCUUUCUCGCCCGUGGUUCGUUUCUCGUAGCUCGUGGAUGAAGCCUAUUGUGGGAUACAAAAGAAUGUCUGUGCGUGACGGUGAGUAUACACACCUGGCAAUGAGGGCGCCUCCCAUUAUUUGGUCGACAUAAAAAGAGCGUUGCUUAUGCUUUACAGGGCGUCGUCGAGGAUCGUCCGAGGAUUUCAGACGCAGAUUCAGCAAGCUCUUUGACGAGACCUUGCCGCCUGGACCACCACGCCCAGCUGAAAGGUUUCAACUGACGCCCAUAUAUCAAGAAUCAAAUGAGAGUAGUGGUAGACCGUCCUUGGAAAGCAUUAUUGAGCAGCCAGUUGUUACAGGGCCAAAGAUGGAAGUUCAAGGACAGCAAGGUUGAUCGUUUGGGUGAAUGUUGCGUUAUGCUUGUAUAUCUAGGAUAUUGUUAUCCUUUGAUAUGGGUUAAAACAGUAAGAUCCAUACCGGAUUCCUG